CAAACGCUUCAACAUUAGCAGAACUGGAGUCAAAAUUCCUGGCCAGAUAUAUUAUUACCACUCUUCUCCUGAGUUCAUGCGUACGGAAGAGAAGAAUUUGUGCGAUAAGAACUCCGUAAAAAUGAUGUAAACCAUUUUUGGGUAGAACUUUAGCUUUGAUACAAGUUUCAUCCACUAUUAUGGGGGGGGGGGGGGUUAUGAUCAAUACUGCAGACAGCCACCAGGGGGCAAUGGCGAUGAUUUGGCUUCACUAUUGUCGAGCUGUCAUCUUUAUAUCCAUUCUAUAACUAAAACAUGGUCCUGUCGAGGUCUCUGUUUGUAUUUGAAGUGAGAUGUGCAUCCACUGAACCGGAGGGUGCCAUUCGAACACCACACCAUCUGGACAAUUCCUGCCUGACAAUUCUUCUUUUGUGGCCGCAUUCAACAACGAGUCCCACGAGUCCGGGCGGCAUGAUUCUGUAGUUACUGGAGGAUUUUUAAAAACGCAGUCAUCAGGUGGAGGGGGCGGGACCAAAGCUCUUUCCGUUUUCUGUGUCGCUCCAUCACUGGAGGUGAGUAUGACGUGUGGUUUCAUCUGUGUCCCUUUUAAAACUGUGUGCGGUGGAUCAACAAACCAAUACCAGGAAAAAAAAAACGAUUGGACUGUUGCCAUACCAUUUCUUAUUUUAUAAUUUUAUCAAGGAUCAAGUACAAACCACACUAUUCUGCUUCUGCAGUGUUCACAGGCUGAUGUGUGCUGUGGUCAAAUUCAGUCUAUUUGUGUUUUCCUCAUGUAAAAAGGAAGGAAGCACAGACGUGUUAAACUCCGAAGAAGAAGUUGUCACAAACACGCCCAGUACAAUUUUCAUGUGAAAUGUCUCUUCUGUUGCUCCACAGUUUCUCUUCAUGUGCUGUGCUGGAUGUGAGGAUGGGACAGACUUUGCUCGGUGUGCUGGGGUUGUUCUCGCUGAGUGCACUCCUCUGCUGUGGACACGCUCAAGACGCUGUUUUGACCAUCGAGCCAAACUGUUCCACUCUAUUCACCGGAGAGUCUGUCUCCUUUAUAUGUGACAUGAAGGAAGGAGGAGAAACUGAGUGGUUUUACUCAUUCGAAAAGAAGGGUUAUCAAUUUGUCAAUUACAACACAAACAAGAUCAUUAAAUUACAACUUCUAACAGAAGACAGUGGUGACUACCAGUGCGUUAGUCAACACAAACACUCAGGCGUCAUUAAAAGAAGUAAUACGGUCUCUCUAACUGUAUCAGACGAUGAUGUGAUCCUGGAACAUCCUGCACUCACCGUGUUCCGAGGAGAAUCAGUCCCUCUGAGGUGCAGGCGUCGUACUCAGACGGACGGGAGGAGAGCUUCCUUCUACAGAGACGCAUCACCCAUUGACAUGGACACAAACCAUCCAUCACAGAUAAUAUCAGAAAACACAGCGGAGGCGACCGUUCGAGUGGCGGCAGACGGGAGCUCCUACAUGUGUAAAUUUGAUGAGCACAAACAAUCCAAACCCACAAAACUGAAAGUGGAACCGCACAGACCAAAGGCCACACUGAGGAGAGACACAGGAUCUGGUCCAAAUGUGACGCUGACCUGCUCUGUCACUGGAACAUCGUCUGGUUGGAAAUAUUACUGGUACAGAGGCAAGAAAACCUCUGAACCUCUGACCAAAGAGGAAGGUCUCUUGCUCUCAGACGACACAAUCAGAGUCUCACAGGAAGGAAUCUACUGGUGCAGAGGAGGAAGAGGAGAACCUGUUUACUACACACAGUACAGCAACACAUUAGUCACUCUCAGGCCUGUUGUGACCUUGCAGCCCAAAUGGCCUAAGAUAUACAAAGGAGAGAGGAUCAGUCUUACAUGUCAGAUUGAGGACGGAGGAGACGCAGAGUGGGAGUAUGUGUGGAGAAAAGGGACGUCACCACUAACUGAAAGAACAAAUGUAUACAAGAUUUCAUACACUUCGACGUUCGUCAAUGGAGACUACAGAUGUAUGGGCGUGAUGAAAGGUGACUGGUCUCCAACAGAGUGGAGUGAUGUUUUCACAUUGACAGUGUCUGAGAAAACACAUCCUGGUCUUCAAGUGACUCCAUCGUGGCUGAGUCCUGGAGCCUCAGUAACUCUGACCUGCAGUUUGGAACAUCCAUCAGCAGGCUGGAGGUUCUUCUGGUACAAGGCUGUUCCCAAACUACCAAACAGCUAUUACAGCUACGAGAUGCUGCCUGGAAGCAUCAACGGGACAACACAGGAUUCCUACAUCGUUUCCGGUCAGACACACACAGCAGGAUAUGUGUGCAGAGCUGGAAGAGGAGACCCAGUGCAACACACGUAUCACAGUGGAUCUAAGUUCGUCUGGUGCAGAGAUUUUCAUUCAGCACUAUUUCUCACAGUGAGUCCUGACAGAGUGCAACACUUCGACUCUGACUCUGUGUCACUGAGCUGUGAGGGAAACUCCACUGAGUGGAGAGUGAUGACUUUUGAUGGAAGUGGUUAUCCAUCACUCUGUCGCACCAGCCCGACAGCGACUGGACCAAUAUGCAAACAGAAUUUGUGGCUCUCUGCUGCAGUUUACUGGUGUGAGUCUGGAUCAGGACAGUUCAGCAGUCCGGUCAACAUCAGUGUGCACAACGAUGGCAUUAUCUUGGAGAGCCCCGUCCAACCGGUUGUCGAGGGAACAUCUGUUACUCUCGGCUGCAGGUUGAAGACGGAAAAUGUUCCUUCUAAUGUUCUAUUCUACAAAAAUAACAAACUCGUCCAACACGACACGAGACGGGAGCUGACUAUCGCUGCCGUGUCAAAGUCACAUGAAGGCCUUUACAAAUGUGAAAGAACAGAUUCAAAACUAGUUUGGACGUCAGCCGAGAGUUGGAUGUCGGUGAAAUCAGUGUCCAGUGAAAGCUCUGCGUUUCCUUUGCCACUGACUGUUGGUUUGGUUGGUGGUCUUUCAUUCAUUGUUCUGCUGCUGCUGCUGCUGCUGUUCUGCAUCAGAAAGUCAAAAGGGUCAUGCUUUAUCAGAUCUCAGCGCACCAAUCAGAGCUCUGCUACAGACCACGUGAUCAACCAGGAUGAAGCUCCAGGUGACGCUUGUGUUUAUGAACUAAUUAAGGGUCCUGAGGUCAAUGAAAAUGAUGAAUCCCGGGAUGUCAUAUACUCUUCGGUUGAGCUUAAAACCCUUGUUGAAAAUGGAAAAUCAACUCCUGCCGUGGCUGAUGAAACGGUUUAUUCUGAAGUUAAAACACGAAAAACUCCGAAGAAGAAGUUGUCACAAACACGCCCAGUACAAUUUUCAUGUGAAAUGUCUCUUCUGUUGCUCCACAGUUUCUCUUCAUGUGCUGUGCUGGAUGUGAGGAUGGGACAGACUUUGCUCGGUGUGCUGGGGUUGUUCUCGCUGAGUGCACUCCUCUGCUGUGGACACGCUCAAGACGCUGUUUUGACCAUCGAGCCAAACUGUUCCACUCUAUUCACCGGAGAGUCUGUCUCCUUUAUAUGUGACAUGAAGGAAGGAGGAGAAACUGACUGGUUUUACUCAUUCAAAAAGAAGGGUUAUCAAUUUGUCAAUUACUACACAAACAAGAUCAUUAAAUUACAACUUCUAACAGAAGACAGUGGUGACUACCAGUGCGUUGGUCAACACAAACUCAACCUAAACAUCAUUAAAAGAAGUAAUACGGUCUCUCUAACUGUAUCAGACGAUGAUGUGAUCCUGGAACAUCCUGCACUCACCGUGUUCCGAGGAGAAUCAGUCCCUCUGAGGUGCAGGCGUCGUACUCAGACGGACGGGAGGAGAGCUUCCUUCUACAGAGACGCAUCACCCAUUGACAUGGACACAAACCAUCCAUCACAGAUAAUAUCAGAAAACACAGCGGAGGCGACCGUUCGAGUGGCGGCAGACGGGAGCUCCUACAUGUGUAAAUUUGAUGAGCACGAACAAUCCAAACCCACAAAACUGAAAGUGGAACCGCACAGACCAAAGGCCACACUGAGGAGAGACACAGGAUCUGGUCCAAAUGUGACGCUGACCUGCUCUGUCACUGGAACAUCGUCUGGUUGGAAAUAUUACUGGUACAGAGGCAAGAAAACCUCUGAACCUCUGACCAAAGAGGAAGGUCUCUUGCUCUCAGACGACACAAUCAGAGUCUCACAGGAAGGAAUCUACUGGUGCAGAGGAGGAAGAGGAGAACCUGUGUACUACACACAGUACAGCAACCCGAUCGUCACUCUCAGGCCUGUUGUGACCUUGCAGCCCAAAUGGCCUAAGAUAUACAGAGGAGAGAGGAUCAGUCUUACAUGUCAGAUUGAGGACGGAGGAGACGCAGAGUGGGAGUAUGUGUGGACAAAAGGGACGUCACCACUAACUGAAAGAACAAAUGUAUAUAAGAUUUCAUACGCUUCGACGUCCGUCAAUGGAGACUACAGAUGUAUGGGCGUGAUGAAAGGUGACAGGUCUUCAACAGAGUGGAGUGAUGUUUUCACAUUGACAGUGUCUGAGAAAACACAUCCUGGUCUUCAAGUGACUCCAUCGUGGCUGAGUCCUGGAGCCUCAGUAACUCUGACCUGCAGUUUGGAACAUCCAUCAGCAGGCUGGAGGUUCUUCUGGUACAAGGCUGUUCCCAAACUAUCAGACAACUAUUACAGCUACGAGAUGCUGCCUGGAAGCAUCAACGGGACAACACAGGAUUCCUACAUCGUUUCCGGUCAGACACACACAGCAGGAUAUGUGUGCAGAGCUGGAAGAGGAGACCCAGUGCAACACACGUAUCACAGUGGAUCUAAGUUCGUCUGGUGCAGAGAUUUUCAUUCAGCACUAUUUCUCACAGUGAGUCCUGACAGAGUGCAACACUUCGACUCUGACUCUGUGUCACUGAGCUGUGAGGGAAACUCCACUGAGUGGAGAGUGAUGACCUUUGAUGGAAGUGGUUAUCCAUCACUCUGUCGCACCAGCCCGACAGCGACUGGACCAAUAUGCAAACAGAAUUUGUGGCUCUCUGCUGCAGUUUACUGGUGUGAGUCUGGAUCAGGACAGUUCAGCAGUGCGGUCAACAUCACCGUGCACAACGAUGGCAUUAUCUUGGAGAGCCCCGUCCAACCGGUUGUCGAGGGAACAUCUGUUACUCUCGGCUGCAGGUUGAAGACGGAAAAUGUUCCUUCUAAUGUUCUAUUCUACAAAAAUAACAAACUCGUCCAACACGACACGAGACGGGAGCUGACUAUCGCUGCCGUGUCAAAGUCACAUGAAGGCCUUUACAAAUGUGAAAGAACAGAUUCAAAACAAGUUUGGACGUCAGCCGAGAGUUGGAUGUCGGUGAAAUCAGUGUCCAGUGAAAGCUCUGCGUUUCCUUUGCCACUGACUGUUGGUUUGGUUGGUGGUCUUUCAUUCAUAUUUCUGCUGCUGCUGCUGCUGCUGUUCUGCAUCAGAAAGUCAAAAGGGUCAUGCUUUAUCAGAUCUCAGCGCACCAAUCAGAGCUCUGCUACAGACCACGUGAUCAACCAGGAUGAAGCUCCAGAUUCAUGCCGUGAGAGACUCGCCCAGGUUCAUAGAGAGAACCGGGGCUCUGCUACAGACCCAACAUUAAACAAUUAUGAAAAUCAACAGCAACUUUAUUCCUCUCUCCUCCACGGUGACGCGUGUGUCUAUGAAACAAUCCGAGGCUCUGGAAACACUGGAGAAGAAAUUGUUGUGGACAAAAAUAAAGAGAACAGGUCUAUAAAAAGUUGUGCAUCAUCAACAAAACAAGGGGAGACAUGAAGAACAACAUGAAGUAUUUUAUAUAGUUGUCAAUUUAUAUUAAAGAAACCAUUAUAUUAAUUUUAAUUGUACUAAUCAAUGCAUAUCAAUGUUUGUUUUUUUAACAAUUAUUUCAUCACUUAACUUUCAAUGGUUUUAAAUUUUUUAUUUUAAGUUUGUCUAGAAAAAAGUGUUUGCUUUGGUUUGUUAUUGUGAAAUAGCAUUUGACUGUUAAUUUUUUUAUGAAAUCGGCAAAGAUAGUUGUCAUCUUUAAUGUUUUGAUGUAGUUUCUCGAUUAUAUUUUGUUGUCAUAAAUUGUUAACGGUGA